AUGGAUUAUGAUUCAGAGUCGGAGCUCUUAUCGCUCAUAUCUCAAAUAAGUUAUCUUGGCAGGUCUGCUACGGAGUCGUAUUCGGUGCGGAUGUCGGAGCUCGCAUCACUCAUCACUCAAAUAAUCCCUCUCGUCAGGUCCAUGGAUUUGGGCUCGCUGCCCAAGCCGGAAUCACACAUCAUAUCACUCAUGAAGCAAAUAAUCUCUCUCUUUAGCUCUAUAUCCGCUUCAGAACCGGAAUCGGAGCUAGUAUCACUCGUUACUCAAAUCAUUUCUCUGGGCAGCUCGAAAGAUUCGGAUUCGGAUUGGGAGCCAAGGCGGGAUGAGAAGCUUAUAUUUCUGGUUAAUCAAAUAUUUUCUCUCAAGCCAGAGCCGGAGAUCAUUACACUCAUUUAUGAACUAAAGUUUCUCGUCAGCUCUAUAAAUUUGAGUUUGGAGUGGAAGCUCAUACCACUCAUUACUCAAAUAUUCUCUAUCUUCUCAGAGUCAGAGCAGGAGCAAGAGCAGCAAGAGCCUUCGCGGGUGUCGGAACUCGCAUCACUGAUUACUCAAAUAUACCAUCUCCUUAGCUCUAUGGAUUUGGAUUCGCUGCCAAAGCCGGACUCCGAGCUCAUUUCACUCAUCAAGCAAGGAGUCUUUGUCUUGGGUUCUAUAACCGAUUUGGAACCGGAGUCCGAGCUCAUAAUACUCACUACUCAACAAAUAUUUCUCGUCAGCUCUAUAGACUCAGACCCAGAGUCGGAGUCGGAGCUCAUAUCACUCAUUGAGAAACUACUCACUCUCGAGACAAAGCCGGAGCUUGUAUCACUCCUUAAUCAAAUAUUCUCUCUCGUCAUCUCUAUGAAUCUAGAGGCGAAGCAGUUUGUUUCCUUGUGCCCUCAAGUAGAAGUAAAACUUGAAGAAGGAAAAUUUCGUAUGAAUGGUGAAGUGCAGCAGAGGAGCGAUAAAAAAAGGGAAUGUUACCGUAGAAACAUGGACUUCUACAGGAUAACAACAGGAGAAAAAACUGCUCAUUUUCGAUGCCCAACCUGCAAUGGGGAGGACCAUGAAGAAUAUGCCAAGGCUCCACUUGAGGUCAAACACUAUCUUCAUCCCAAACAUUCUCUUACUCUUGUCUUGUUGAGCGGAGUAAUAGCCAGGAAAUGCUAUUGCUGUGAGGAAUAUCUCUUAGAGGUAUUUUAUUAUUGCUCUGCUUGCGAUUAUGCUAUGAAUAUAGCUUGUUUGGAGAAGAAACGACCCUCAACUAUAGACCAUCCGAAGUGGCAUGAUCAUCAACUCUAUCUGUUUCCAAGACAGGCUUCGUUAACUUGCAACUUAUGUGCCUUGACCCAUUCGAGCUGUCCUUUCUAUAUAUGUCCCCCAUGUGAAUUUGUGGUCCAUCAAAGAUGUAUCAGCUUACCACGUGUAAUCAAGAUAUCUCGCCAUCUCCAUCGUAUCUCUUUUACCCCCAUUUUCGACCAAGGAGAUCGGUCUUGUAGUAUUUGUCGCAAAGAAAUGGACAAUGAUUACGGGGGUUAUUCUUGCAUCAAGCAUGGUUGUUCAUAUGCGGCUCAUUCAAGAUGUGCCACACAGAGCAAUGUAUGGGAUGGUAGAGAACUUGACAGAGAGCCAGAAGACGUUGAAGAGGAAGAAGUUGAACCGUUUGUGAGGAUAAGCGAUGGAAUCAUUCAACAUUUCAGUCAUAAACAUCAUCAUCUGAGACUUGUUGAGAACACCAGAAGAGAUUAUGACGACAACAAAGAGUGUCAAGCAUGCAUCAUGCCAAUCUAUUACGGAGAGCGAAGAAGAUGUUCGAUUUGUAAAGUUUCAAGAAAUGCUUACACGGAAACACUCAAUUGCAUUGAGUGUGACUUUUCUUUGUGCUUUAAAUGUGCUACUUUACCACAAAAGGUGAGGUAUAAGCAUGAUAAACAUAUGCUCACUCUUUCUUAUGGGAAGGAGACAAGUACCAUGGCAUGUUGGUGUGACGUAUGCGAGAGAAAAUUAAAUCCAAAGGAGCGGUUUUAUAUGUGUGAUGAGUACUGUUGUGCUACCCUACAUAUUGAAUGUCUAUUAGGGGUGGAGUUUUACAUGAAGCCGGGUUCAUCGUUGAUAUACUUGGGUAGAAAGUUAGAUGUUCUACGCAACAAUAACAUGUCUCGACCAAUUUGUGUGGUUUGUAAAAAGCGUUGUCAAGAAAAAGUAUAUUUCCAUUGUUUGGGAUCAAUAGCAUGUUCCCUAGACUGUGUUAAGUGGCUGUAAUUGGUUUAGAGAGCCAUUGCAAUGGCUGAAUAGUCAUUGUUACUGGUAUAAGAAAUGUGGAUGGAAUUUGUAUUGUGCUGUACUGCAUUGGCAAACAUUGAUAUGCCCAAUACUUUUGUAGUAUAUUUCAAUGAGACAUUUCACUGUAUAGAAGUGUUACAGAAUAGGAUAUAUUCCAAAUAUUA